AAACAAUUGGCUGUGUUCUUGUUUCUUAUUGAUUCCGCAGCCGCAGUUUACUAUGGAUAGGUGAUGGCAAGUUGUUGUCGAUUACUGGAAUGUGCAUUCGGAUCCAAACCUUGCUUUAUCCCAUGUGCUCGAAAUACUCGAGAAUCUACUGCUUCCCGUUUGAUGUACUCGAUCAUUCUGCUAUUGACUGUUCUUCUUUCCCUGGCUUCUCAUGAUGGAGGUUUAAUGGGUAUUAUUUUUGACGAAUAUAAGGAGCAAAUACUUUCCAUCUGUGAUGAUAUCAAUGGUGGACCCAAUUGUAUGAGAUUUAGAGGUUUCGUUGGCAUAUAUCGGCUAUGUCUUCCGUUGUUCGCUUUUCAUUUCACUAUGACGUUUGUCACAAUCAAAGUAUCUUCUAGUCAGACAUUUAGAGGGCGAAUUCAUAAUGGUUUCUGGCUUUGGAAGAUCUGCUUCCUUCUCUUCAUGUACAUAAUGGCCUAUACAUUUCCUUUCUUGGAAGACUACACAAAAAUUUGGAUGGUGCUUGGAAUCUUUGGCGCUUUGAUAUUCAUCUACAUUCAGCACAUCACCCUGAUCGACUUCUCUUAUGAAGUCAAUGAAAUUUGGUAUGCCAAGUCCUUUCAAACGCGUUGGUUUACCUUCUCUAUCUACCUCUGCAGUGUGCUUUUGUAUAUUGGCACGGCAGCAGCGUACAGCCUGUUGUUACUGUUUUAUGGUCUACCCCAUGGGUGUUCGUUGAACCUAACCCUAACCGGGAUCAACUUUGGUCUGACCACGCUGUCGGCCAUCUGUUCGGUCUUCUCCGAUCCGUUACGCCGACGACAUCUCUGGCUACCGGGUGCCGUGACUUCUGCAUUUGUGGCCUUCCUCACCUGGAGCGCUUUGAGCAGUCAACCCAAGACUAUUUCCUCCGAUGUUCCUUGGCACGGAUUUCCCAGCCGGCCGCGCAAUAUCACCGUUCAUCCCAUUCUAGUGGUGGCAGAUCAACUCAAUCGGCUUUUGUCCGACACUUCUUUUACACGCAAGCCUUCGGUCACCUCUAAUCUGCCGACCCUCAGAAGAAACGACUGUGUUCCCGGUGGAAUAUCUUCAACAGGGGAACACCUUGGCAAAGACCUAAUCACAGUUUGCACGUUGGUCCUAGUCAUCGGAGGCUCAGUAUACUCCAGCUUCAGGGCCAGUAUGGAAGCUCGACGGCUCGGUAUUCGAACUAGAAGAGAGAAAAUAAAACGACUACUUGCCGCCAUCCCAGAGCAACGCGAACUGGAUUUUCAGACCUCUCCAAUACGUUUACCUGUAUCUAAAAAAGGCAAGGACAUCUCCGGGCCACUGCCGCCUCCAUUUUUCGAUCACAAGGAAGUAGUUCGUCAAGAAGAAGGUGAGCGAUGA